AUGGAAGAUAAACGCGCCAAAACUCUCCAGGCGCUCUCCACAUUCAUUGACAAGCAGAGGACGUUGUUGACUAGAACCCAUGCUGAUAUAAGUCGCCUUCACGAGCUGAGAAGUCGAGCAGUGGAACAUCCAGAAGAUUUCGCGAAUAAUAUUUCCAAAGAAUUGAACGAAGGCCCGUUCAAGCUCAGUGAGCUUGAGGACGCUGCUGAUCGUGCUCCAGAAGGGAUUGAAUGGUCUCUUUUUUCCAAACACGACCCUGCGCCGUUGCAAGCGCUUGCCUCUAAAUCCAAACAACAACCGACACCCACUGCUACACCUAAUCUAUCAGACUUUCACCGUCACAUUCGGGAAGCGAAAUCUAAAAUCUUGGAUCCUAUAUAUUCGACUUGGGAUUUAUCGUUUAGUCCUGUCAUCGAAACCAACGACGACGACGAAGCCAAAGACCAGCCAUCAGUGGAUCCGGCGGCCUUGAAGAAGGCAAAAGAACGAGAGAAGAUCAAAGAGCUCAAGAAGCACAUGAUAAUGCCUUCAGGGUUGACCUUCACACCCGCAGGUCCCAGAAACAGAGGUCCUGGAGGAGUCUUCAUUCGACGGGACACAGUCGACGAGAGUAUGGAUGUAGAUAUAUCACUAGAUACAGAAGGCAACUUUAAGCCUGCUGAACCUUCUCCAUCAACAGGCGGGUCCUGUCCCUCUCCAUUAAAACGCAUGACCUCCGUAGCACCUCAAUUGCUUCCAUCGACACCUCCCACAUCACUCGACGAACCCUCCAGUACCGGGGAUUCGACUGUCAUCCCUUGUAUCAAAAGUUCGCACUCAAAAUCAUUGAGGAUCAAAGUUGGUCCACCGCCAAUACCGCCUGCGCCACCGUUGACAACACACCAGCGUCGGAGAUCAUCCAGGGCUAUAUCCAUGUGCACAAGUGAUAUGGUUGUAGAUGAUUCUCACUUUCCUCCAACACCAGACUCGCUCCCACUUCCAGAAACCGAGCCAGAUCAAGAAGAUCUGCAUGGGAAGGACGACAACCAUCCUCAGACCCUUGGAAAGCGUUCAAGGCCGAAGUCGGAGACAUACAAACAACCUUGGUCUACCUCAGAACAGCAACAUCUAGAAGCGCUUCUUGAAGAGAUUCCGGAAGGCGAGAAAAAUCGGUGGAGGAAAAUCUCAGAGGCAAUGGAUGGGAGGCGAACACCGAGGCAGGUUGCUAGUCGGGUGCAGAAAUAUUUCGAGAAACUGAAGAAAUUUGGAAUAGAGUGA